AUGUCGAUGUCCCAACUCCCCAGUAUCGACGACCAGCUCGUCACGGCCGAUAACCCGCCGCGGACAGACCUUUCCGAUGGCAUGGACCACGCGCGAUGCGCCGCCCUCCACAAUUACCUCGUCGAAUACUGCCGCGCGGCCGAUGGCCGGCUUGACCCAGCUGCUGAGGGCAGCUGCACCACCUACUUUAGCACACACGGCGACGCGGCCGAGGCCGUCCGCCCACGGUUGCAUCCCUCUGUGGCCGCGUUUCUUGCCGCAGCACGCACUCCCGAUGCCCCGCUUUUCUACUUUGUUGCAGGCAUGCCAGAUCCAGACGGCGGCGACUUCAAUGGCCUCUUCGACAACGAGACGGCCGAUAUUGAGGACGAGCCCAAGGACUCCAUCGUGCGCUUGUACUUCUCCCACAUGGACGCCUGCGGCGGCAAGUCAGGCGGCGGCAUGCUCUACCACCAGGGCCGUCACCUCGCUUCCUUCUUUGUGCACCCGGACGACACGGAGCGUGCGUUUCCAGUGGAUGAGCACUCGCAGAACUGGCAUUUCUUCGAGACCAUCCUUUCCAACUGGAUAGCCCUGAUCCGCCUCGGCAAAGUCGUCGCCUCUCCCACCGAUGACCCGGCUCUGUACGGCAGCGUCAAGAUCGGGAACUGGGAGUGGCGGCCGUACGGCGACGGCCAGAUCGCGGGCUGCGUCGCCGCAUGGGAUCGGCUCUGCGGCGUCACAGAGGUGCGUCGUCGGCAGAGCAGCGGCGCCACAGUCGGUGAUGAGGACAACCAUCCCAACGAGCCCUUGCUUACCCCUGCAGCCAUGAACGCAGCCGGAAUCCCGGAUCCUUCUUCCGUGCGGACCUUCCUGGGCCUCGCACGCCGUCCCCCACACAUCCGCCAGAUCGCACUGGGGCUAUCCCUCCCUCCCGCACACGGGGCCACUUUCGCCGCCGCCCAGCCCUUCACCCACCUGCCCCGGCGCGUCCCCCAGUGGGACGGCACGACGCGGGAAGGGAUCGUGCCGCCCGUGUAUAUCUUCUUCAGCGAGGAGGGCACUCCGCAAGUCGACACUUCAGGUUUGAGGUCCUCGUUCCGGUACUACUGGGAGGACGGGCACGGCAAAGUGCCAGACGGCAUUACAUUCCCGUCUAGCGUGCCACCAGGGGCCUAUAGCGAGUGCGUCAUCCGAUCCGAGCCCGAGGCGACUGAGGAGGCGUUCCGGCUGCCGCUGCCGUUUAACCUGUACGGCGCGCGCCUCAGCAGUGGGGACGAGAUGAUGAAUAGGGCAGCGGAUGAGCUGUUCCAGCAUGGGUUCAAGCCUUUUGGGGGAGACCCGAACCGGCCCCAGCGCCUGGAGCGGCUGCUGGACCACUGGGCAAGCCUAGUCGAACGAGGGGUCUGGUCUGUCGGGCCGCACGGGGUGCAGGGCUCGAUCGAAGUAUUCAAGGAUUCUACGGUGGACUGGGCGAGUUAUGCGAUCCCGUCGAGCUGGUGA